UCCGCCCCGUCCCCGACCUCCUCCUCCUCCUCCCCUCCUCUCCCCUCCGAGACGCGGCCCCGGGCCUCCGGACCACGAGCGGACCGUCCAGCAGCUGAAAACCAUAUGGGGAGUGGAAGACAACAGAGAGGACCCUUCCAAGGAGUUCGUGUGAAAAACUCAGUGAAAGAGCUCCUCUUGCACAUUAGAAAUAAUAAGCAGAUGUCCUCUGGCCGAACUGUGGAUGAUUUCAAGGUUCAAGGCACAGUGAACUUUGAGCAGUUUGCAGAGCUGAAGAACAUAUUAGCCCACGGCGGGAAAAGGAAAGCACCCGAGUCCGCCUCUGAUGGACCAACUUGCAAAAGACCGGCUCCUUGGCUCUCGCAGUUUUUGACGCCGCCCCAAACUCCAACUCCUGUGGAGAGCAUGGAAGAUGGCCACAACAACAACGAAUCCAAGCCCGAGGCCGGCGCCGACCUGCUCCAGAACAUUAUAAACAUCAAGAACGAAUCCAGCCCCGUUUCCCUGCACACCGUGCAAGUCAACUGGAACAGCCCCGUGAUUCACAACCAGAAUUCACCGGGGGAGCACCAUCACGACUUCCACGGCGGACCGGUCUUCUCGCCGCCUCAGAAGUACCAACCUUUCCAAGCGGGCAGCCCCUCCCACGUCUCGGAGCCAUCUCAGCUCUAUCCGUUCGCUUCCCCACAGAGGCAGGACAUGCAGCAGCCGCCUCAUUAUACUCCCGGCUCAGCCCUGGAGUGCAGUCCUUAUUCGGGCAGUUCUCAGUCCCCCAACUACGAACCCAACCCGUUCGACGGUCAGGACCUGCAGUAUUUUUGGUCCCAGAGCUUUGCGUCUUUCCUGAACGGGCCCGGAGAGUCCGAGGGCCUGACCGUACCCGGCCAAGGGCCGGCCGGCGCCCGGCAGCCGCACGAGACCACCGGUCAGGACUUCGGCCUGAUGUCGAACGACAGCUGCGAAUCCCUGGGCUUGUCGACCGCGUUAAAUGUCUCCCUGCAACCCCAGGCCGUCCCCGGAAAUACAAUGACCACGACCCAGCUGGGCAAGUCGUUCUUCCAGUGGCAGGUGGAGCAGGAAGAAAACAAGCUGGCCAACAUCUCCCAAGAGCACUUUGUUGCAAAAGAUUCAGACGGUGACACAUUCCUUCACAUCUCUGUCGCCCAAGGACGAAGAGCCCUCUCCUACGUCCUGGCGAGGAAGAUGCGGGCUCUUCAUAUGCUGGAUAUCAAAGAGCACAACGGUCAGAGUGCUUUUCAAGUAGCCGUGGCUGCCAAUCAGCACCUCAUUGUGCAAGACCUCGUGAACCUCGGGGCCCAGGUGAAUACCACGGAUUGCUGGGGGAGGACACCGUUGCACGUCUGUGCCGAAAAGGGCCACUCGCAAGUCCUGCAGGCGAUCCAGAAGGGCGCUAUCAGGAGUAAUCAAUUUGUGGAUCUCGAAGCCACCAACUACGACGGCUUGACAGCUCUCCACUGCGCUGUGGUGGCUCACAAUGCCGUGGUUCACGAGCUACAGACCAAUCAACAACCUCAUUCGCCUGAGGUGCAGGAGCUGCUGCUGAAGAACAAAAGCUUAGUCGACACGAUCAAGUGUCUGAUUCAGAUGGGAGCCACCGUGGAGGCUCGGGACCGCAAAAGCGGCCGCACGGCUCUGCACUUGGCAGCCGAAGAGGCCAACCUGGAACUCAUCCGUCUCUUUGUGGAGCUGCCCAGCUGCCUCUCGUUCGUAAACGCCAAGGCCUAUAACGGUAACACUGCUCUCCACGUGGCGGCCAGCCUGCAGUACCGAGUGACUCAGCUGGACGCCGUACGCCUGCUGAUGAGGAAAGGGGCCGAUCCGAGCACCAGAAACUUAGAGAACGAGCAGCCGGUACACCUAGUCCCGGAUGGCCCGGUGGGAGAACAGAUCAGGCGUAUCCUGAAGGGAAAGUCCGUCCAGCAAAGAGCACCGCCAUAUUAACUCCAUGUAAUUUGGAGGUUGAAGCCAACACUCACUGUCAGUUAGGCAGUCCUGAUGUAUCUGUAAAUAGACCAUUUGCCCUGUUAGGGUAAAUGUAAGUUGUUUCUAUGAAACAAAAGUAUUUAGUUCACUAUUAUAUAGUGGGUUAUAUUUUUAAAAAAAUCGAAUUCCUUUUAGCAGAUUGGAAUAUUUCCUUCCCAGGUAGCUGGGGUCUUUGUCUAGAUACCUGGACCCAUUUAUAGUAAAAUAGACUUCCUUUAGGAGACUGUUUUUGGGUAGGAGUAAUUGUACAGAAGACUUUUAAAUUUCAGGCUAUGAGCCAGAGAUCGUUUUGUCAUUACCAAUGAAAAGUCAGAUAAUCGAUCCAUCUUUGCGGAGGAUUUUGAUCUAAAAGAGCCAAGUCGUAAAACUAUUCUCGCGUGUCUUCCAUCUGAUUCACUCCAGUUGGUAAUCGUUGGACUUUAAGAGGGUAAAGACGAGGUCCAUGGUCAAAAUUUGAGCUUUGCCAAGUGUACAUAAAAAUCAUACAUGCCUGAAUUGGUGGCUGAUGUCAAAGCAUAGAAUGUAAAGAAACAGUGGGUAUUGCUGGUUAUUAAACACGCCCAGCGGAGUUGCUGUUUAACCCCUUGUCAGAUGUUUCCACAGAGGAGCUAAAUGCAGGAGAGAUGCAUUUUGUUGGGAGAUCUAUCCAAAUCAGAAUGUAAAUAUGCUUUCUCACACAAUGAGUGUGAGAAGCACCAGUGGCUGGUUUUAGAGGAUGACACUCCCCUGCUCCUUUUCUUCAAAAACUUGCCAUUUGUAAAAUGUUUUGUUUGCUUCUCGGUCUUAAUAGAUAGAGCAAAAAGCCAGUCAAUGAUAAGUUUCAUUGUUUUCCCCAAUAUUUUGUUCAAGUGCGUACUAAUGCUGGGAAUAAUGUGUUUGUAUCACAGAGGAAAUAACCAAUUGUAAUUUUAAUUUUUGUAAUUAUCGUGUUAAUAGUCUUGGUUUUUUUUUCUUGAAAUACUGCCUUCUCUCUGGGGCCUUCAUUUAAUCUGUACAGCUUUAAUUGUACACUAAUAAUUUCUAAUGGAUAUGGUCUCUUUAAUGGCUUUAUAAUGGGAAGCAUCACAUAUGACUUACCAGUCAGCUCUGUAACCAAGUAUAAUAAUCCUUUUUAAAAGAUACUCUUUGGUUUGAUCACAUUGUUUGACAAAGUAUGUCUUGUGGACAAAAGUUAAUUGUAAAUGUUUGGUAUCACUAAAUGUCUUUGUGAUGCAUAAAGUGAAAAAGCACAUUAUCAGUAACAUUUAUGUAGUUUAAAAUAAACUUGGUAAUUCAGUAAGA